AAAUGUUUAUCUUCCGGUUGGCGACGAGGAAGGACCACAUCACUACCACAUAUCCAUUCAGACAGGAAUGUGGAUAGGCAAUGGAACCACAGCCAGUGUUGGAAUGAUAAUUUACGGCGAGGACUCCUACAGUGAUAUGAUCGUCCUUAACGACUCAUCUUUCCAGAAAUCGUUUUUCUCUCGUGGAAGUAUUAAUACAUUUACAGUAUCUUUGCCAAGAAGACUGGGGUCGCUUUACAAAGUAAAAGUGUGGCACGACAAUAGCGGCGAGAGUCCUGGGUGGUUCUUACAAGAUCUAGUUAUAACGGAAUUGGAAACGGAGGAAAAAUGGUAUUUCCUCACAAAAAGAUGGCUGGCAGUCGAAAAAGUAUGCUAUGGAAAUAGGGACGUUUCAAGAUAUCACCUGAGAAGGUCAGUCGGGGAUAUAUUCAAUAAAUCUGGCGAGGGAAUAAGGAACACCACGGCAUUUUGGAACUGGACUCGAGAAAAACUAGUGCCAGGCCUCUUCUUAUCCAAAUGGUAUAAUGGGAAGCAGGUUAAUUUAGGGGAGGGUUUCAUCAGCAGUGGAUAUCCUUUUCUAGUUGGCAUGCCCAGGCUCCGGCAGAUUAGAGUGAAAUCAGAAUCAUGUCUGACGGAUGAUUACAUAAAAGUGAAGAGAUGCUUGUCACAUUACAGCUCUCAUUCAGAAGACAAGACGACAUACAAUCUCCGUGACUGGACACCAAUUUAUAACAUCAGCGAAUUCGAGGCUUCGUUUGAUGAGCUAUGUCCUAAGCCCUGGAGGUAUAGGACAGCAAAUGCCUUGGAGGCACUCCCCUUUAACGGGUUCUACGCCAGUUAUGAUGGUGGAGGCUAUGUCGCUGAUCUUGGCUAUAAUGCUGAAUCAGCUUUAAGAGUAAUCGAUGACCUAGAAAACAACGAUUGGAUUGAUCUUAGAACAAUUGCAGUGUUUGUUGAAUUCACAGUUUAUGAGCCCUCAAGCACACUUUUCAGCGCAGCCAAGUACUUGCUUGAGAGGUACCCAACAGGAAGCUCCAUUAUGAAUACCAGAAUUGAUACCUUAAAGAUUUUUGACCCUGCGGAUCCUGGAUUUCGUUCGAUUUAUUUAGCUUGUUACUUCCUACUUAUUGUUUUCCUUCUUGGAUUACUUUUGAUGGAGAUUUUAAAACUAUUUAAUCAAGGAUGGAGGUACGUAACACAUUUUUGGAACUUGAUAGAUGCUUUGCAAGUUAUCGCUGCUGCAGCUGCAAUGGCAUCCUUUUUCUUCAAGGCCAAAUAUACGAGUAAUUUUUUAAAGCGUGUUAAGAAGAACCCGUUCGCCACAUCAAGUUCGGACUACAUUGUAUUGUGGUGUGAUGUAGAAACGUGGCUGCUGUCUCUUGUCGUCUUCAUUGUUACCGUCAAAUUUUUGAGGUUGCUAAAAUUCAACAAUCAUAUCUGUCACUUCACGUAUACCGUGAAAUCAGCAUUGAAACAUCUAUUUUCGUACUCAAUGGUGUUCACGGCUACAAUCCUUGCAUACACACAGUUAGGUACUCUUUUAUUCGGAAGCAAUGUGUCUACCUACUCAAACCUGGCAAGAUCCCUCAUGAUGCUCUUAGAAAGGCUGCUGGGUGAUAACAUGUACACAAAUGAGCUCAAGGCAGCCAACCAGAUUAUGGCCCAGUUGUUUACCUUUGCAUAUUCGUUAUCUAUUGCAAUGAUAUUAAUGAACAUGUUUUUGAGUAUCCUUCACAGUUCCUACCGGGAGAUAAGGCUUCUUAAACAAGGGCGUUUUCCUGACGUAGAAUUAGCUCGGUUUGCUGCGCACUAUUUCAUGGAGAAAGUCAAGAUUCUUUGGCAUGAUACUAAACACUCAAUAAAAGAAACUAAGCUCAGAAAACUGCGAUUUAAUAGAAGGAAAGCAGAUGUCUUUGGCUUUUUGAAAAGGGACUCCAAAAUUAACCGAGAAGCUGAGGAGUACAUUUGCUUGUCAUCCGAAAAUGUAAGAUUCGAAGAGGUGGUUUUGGAGGAAAUGAUAGAUAUUGAUUCAGUGGAUGAGUACAAUUCGCUAAAAGACAUGAGGAAAACUAUACUUCAAAUAGGAGGAAAUUUCUUUCUGACACAAAAUGAAUGGAGUUCUAGUAGCAUAAAUGAAGAAGACGACGACAGAGAAGAUGCAAGCUCAUCGAAAGGCGACUGGAGUGACGGUAUGGAAAGCAGUUUUUCGAACACGUCGGACAUGGAUCUUGUUUAAUAAAUGGAGCAUGUUUUCAAUAGGAUGUCGGAUACAAUCCGAAAUUGUGGCGUUUUGAUUUACCUCGAUCUUCAUUGGUUGAGAAAACUAGCGUCUCCUCCUCAACCAAUCAGAUGCAAGACUGAGAAUAAUCCUGACCGUGAUACUUGCGUUUUCCCGCGCUUGAGACAAAGUUAAUUUAUGUACUUAGACCUCUCAUUUUAAUUUGCUUUCAUUCUGUUUGGGUGUUUUAAUUUGCGUGGGCUUUGUUUAACUACUCAUUGUUAAAGAAAAAUUAUGUAAAAGCUGGACACAAUUUAUUCUGUAAAAGGGCUUCUAUUUGAUAACAAAAAGUAUUCGAGAUUCUCAUCCAAUGGUUUAGAAGCGAGUUUUUUUUUAAUACUACAACUUAAUUGUUGGGACUAUUUAAAAUUGCUUUUACUACGGGAUGAUAAAAUCAUGCAAUCAAUCUCUAUUAACAAGAUACUCCUAAGAACAAACCUCGACACUUUCGCUUAAAACAAGAGUCCUACUAAAAU